CGGCGCUGGUCACAGCCUCCCACCGUGGAGCUCCGGGAAUCUCGGCGCCCGGGCGCUGUCUGUUCUGUCUUAGCUCUUUCGCUUAAAGCUAGCGCUCUCUAGCACUUGGGCCACAGCGGGGUUCUGACGUUUUGGGGCUUAGACUCUCGCAGACUUACCUCUCCGGUUUCCAGCCUGGUUUCGCGGGUCUUUUGGUGUGCAGUGACUGCGGAUCCUAGGCGAGGACAGCGGGAUGCACAGCGAGCGGGGAACGGAGACUAUAACCUUUGAGGAUGUGGCCAUAAAUUUUACCCCGGAAGAAUGGACUUUGCUAAAACUUUGUCAAAAGAAGCUCUACAGAGAUGUGAUGUUGGAAACCUUGACAAACCUGGCCUCUAUAGAAAAGAAGCAGGAAAAAGAAAAUACUGAAGUUAACUACAAAAAUCCCAGGGCAGAAGUAAGAACUCAAUAUUUAGAGAGACAUUAUGAAGAUGAAGAAGAUAUCCAAUGUGACAAAGCCUUCCAACAGAAUGUAGAGCACAGCGUGAAUAAGAAAAUUUUACCCAGAGUAGCACCUGUCAAAAACUCUGUGUUUGGAGAAACCUUCCUUGCUCAUUCACCCAUGGGUAUCCCUUUCAGAGCAUGCACAGGACGAAUAUAUUUCCAGAAUCAGGAAUGUGUAGAGAUCUCCAACACUCAUACAGAAUGUGGGAGCUCCUGCAGGAAAUACCAGGGGCAAAUUGGCUAUAGAAUGCACAAGGAGGAAAGUCCAUUUGCAGCUAAUCAAUGUAAAAACUCGUUAAGCCAUUCCAGUUUCUUUCACAGAAAAGAGGAGAUGGACACAGAAGUUAAACAGUGUUAUGAAUGUAUGCAUUGUAGAACAUCUUGUUUGAACUCCAGUACCCUUCAAGAACAUACAAGAAUUCACCCUAGUGAAAAACUGUAUGGAUGUAAGGAAUGUGGGAAAACGUUCAGUUUUUAUUGUAAUCUUCAAAAACAUGAAGGAAUUCACAUUGGAGAGAAACCAUAUAUAUGUAAGCAAUGUGGGAAAUCAUUCAUUGUUCCUCGUUACCUUCGAAUACAUGAAAGAACUCACAUUGGAGAGAAAUUCUACAGAUGUAAGCACUGUAGGAAAACCUUCACUUCUUCUACUUACUGUAAAAUGCAUGAAAAAAUUCACACUGGAGAGAAACCCUAUGAAUGUAAGCAAUGUGGGAAAUCCUUCCCUUUCUCUAGUUACCUUAAAACACAUGCAAGAACUCACACUGGAGAGAAACCCUAUGAAUGUAAGCAAUGUGGGAAAUCCUUCCGUUCCUCUAGUCACCUUUUAACACAUAGAAGAACUCAUACUGGGGAGAAACAUUACAAAUGUAAGUAUUGUGGGAAAACCUUCACUUCCUCUAGUUCCCGUACAAUACAUGAAAAAAUUCACACUGGAAAUAAACCCCAUGGAUGUGAGCAAUGUGGGAAAACAUUCGUUCUUCCUCAUUACCUUAAAAUACAUGAAAGAACUCACACUGGAGAGAAACCCUACAGAUGUAAGCAAUGUGGGAAAACCUUCACUUCCUCUAGUUCCCGUACAGUGCAUGAAAAAAUUCACACUGGAGAGAAACCCUACAAAUGUAAGCAGUGUGGGAAAACUUUCACUUGUUCUAGAUACCUUAAAUCACAUGAAAAAAUUCACAUUGUAGAGAAAUCCUAUGGAUGUAAGCAAUGUGGGAAAACCUUCCUUCUUCCUCAUUACCUUAAAACACAUGAAAGAACUCACACUGGAGACAAACCCUAUGGAUGUAAGCAAUGUGGGAAAUCUUUCCGUUCCUCUAGUCACCUUACAACCCAUGAAAGAAUUCAUACUGGCAAGAAACCCUACAGAUGUAAGCAAUGUGGGAAAACCUUCACUUCCUCUAGUUACUGUAAAAUACAUGAAAAAAGUCACAAUAAAGAGAAUCCCUAGAUGUAAGCAAUGUGGGAAAAUCUGCACUCUCUCUAGGUACUGUAAAAUCUAUGAAAGAAUUCACACUAGAGAGAAAUCCCAUGGAUGGAAGCAAUGCAGGAAA